AUGCAUCGACUACAGACUGUGGCUUUAGCCGCUCUCCUGUCUAACUCAGCUUCUGCUGUUCCGUAUGCCGAGUACAUCCUCGCACCAUCACAACGAGACCUGUCUCCUGUCAACGUCUAUCGAACCAAUGGCACUGUGAUUAAUGCUGCUGGCGUCACAACUUCUGGAUCUGGGAGCACGAUUUUCAACAGUGUGUCAGCAGUCACAUACGACUAUACCAAGAACAUCGGUGGCUUGGUAUCCUUCAUUGUCAGCUCUUCCUCCGACAGCGAGCAAUACCUCGGUAUCUCAUUCACCGAGUCGUCCAUGUGGAUCUCACCUGACGGGUCGGAUGCUACACAGAACAUUGCCAUCGACGAAACGUUGUGGUUCAGGAUUACUGGCCCGGGCAACUACUCUGUUGAACCUUUGCACGAUCGUGGUGCCUUUAGAUAUCUGAAUGUCUAUCACAACACCACGGGCAAUGUUACGCUGAGCCAUCUGCAGACAUACUUUACUGCCAUGCCGCAUUUCCCUGAUGAUGGUCUCCGCGAAUAUACGGGUUACUUCCACAGCAACGAUGAGAAGCUGAAUCGAGUCUGGUAUGCUGGUGCCUACACUGAUCAAUUAUGCACGAUCCCCUCGACAUCAGGAAACUCCUUGGUCGACCUCGACGCCACAGACCCAAACAUGCCAACAGUAUGGUGGUCCAACAGUACCUUGACCAACGGUAGCUCGGCAUUCACUGAUGGCCCAAAAAGAGACAAGUUGAUCUGGCCCGGUGACUUUGCCAUCUCUGUUCCCGGCGUGUUUCUCUCUACAGAUGAUGCAAUCACGGUGAAACUGUCCCUGCAACAACUAUUCGCUAGUCAAAACACCACCACUGGUGCACUUCCUUGGUUCGCUCAACCUGUGUAUGCAUUCCCAGAGAAUGGCUUUCUCAAUCUAGGGAAGGUGGUUUUCAGUUUCAACUACCACCUGUUCACACUCUUGGGAUUACACAACUACUGGAUCUACACUGGAGACGAUGAGUAUCUCCAAAACAACUGGAACAGGUUCAAGCUUGGGUUGAACUACAGUCUGAGCUUCGUAGACGAAACUGGAUUAGCCAAUGUCACUUCCUCCUUCGACUGGUUGAGAGAAGGCAUGGGUGGCCACAACAUCGAGGCAAACAGUAUUCUAAAACACACCUUGGAUGUUGCAGUCACACUUGCCUAUGCAGUAAACGAUACUUCGCACAUUGAAAGCUGGACCAAUGCAUCCACAGCCAUCGCCAGCGCUGCGAACAUACUUCUCUGGAACGACACAGCUUCUCUCUACAAAGACAAUGACACCACCACUUCGCUACACCCACAAGACGGCAAUGUAUGGAGUAUCAUCUCCGGCAUCGCCUCUGCAAACCAAAGCACCGCUAUUUCUGCCGCCCUCGCCGCCCGCUGGGGACCUUACGGCGCCCCAGCACCAGAGGCCGGCACGACCGUCUCGCCUUUCAUCACAGGCUUCGAAUUACAAGCCCAUUACCUUGCUGGCCAGCCUCAACGCGCAAUAGAUCUCAUGCGCUUCAUGUGGGCGGACUUCAUGCUCGACGACCCACGCAUGACAAACAGCACCUACAUCGAAGGCUACGAUGUUAGUGGCGCACUACACUACCCUGCCUACGCCGACGACGCACGAAUUUCUCACUCCCAUGGCUGGAGUUCUGGACCUGUACUUGCGUUGUCGACGUUUGCGGCUGGAUUGCAUGUCUUGAAUAAGACGAGUUGGGUGGCGCAUCCCCAACCUGGCAAUUUGACUGAAGUAGAAGCUGGGUUUGAGGUUGGAUAUGGGAGUUUUGCUGCUGAGUAUUUGGUUACUGCUGAGGGAGUGAAGUAUACGUUUUCGACACCGGCAGGCACCAAAGGCAGUCUGAUCCUUGAUGCUCCUGGGUGUAAGGGAAAGAUCAGCAUUGUGGGCAGCAAUACCGCUGGUGAUGGCAAGGUCCAGAGAACCGAGCAUGGUGGUGGACGCGACAAGGGCUUCCAUUGGAACAAGCAGGUCGAAAAUCAGGAAGCUUCGUCAAGUCCCUGGAAAUGUGGUGUUUGGGGUCCUUCACCUGCAAGCCAACGGAGCGCUAGUGAUAGCACCAUCACCAUCGAUGGUCUGGCUGGAGGAAACUACACGGUGGAGAUCACAUGUGCAUGA